AUGCUGUCCUCUAUCGCAGGCCUUCUUGCCCUCUCUGUCCUGGCUGCAGGGCAUGGGGACCAUAGCCAAACUCCAUUGGCCGGUCCUCACCAAAGCCUUUGGUACAAUACUCUACCAGGCGAUGGCGGUACCCAAGCCGACUCCGUCUUCUCAGGAAUCUCAACCUUCGGCCGCCUACCUUACUUCCCAUGCCUGUCGAGCGAAGCUGAGAAGUACGAUAUCGCAUUCCUAGGAGCCCCUUUUGACACCGGAACCUCUUACAGACCAGGUGCCCGCUUCGGACCUAGCGGCAUCAGACAAGGUUCUCGCCGCCUCAAUCUCUACGGUGGCUACAAUGUACCGUUGCAGGCGAACCCGUUCGAUAGCGAUAUGCGGAUUUUGGAUUGUGGUGACGUGCCAGUUACUUCCUACGACAAUGCAUGGGCUAUCCAGCAAAUUGAGGAAGGACAUAACAGUAUCCUGAUGCGCAAGCCUUUCACCGAUGCCGAUAAAUUGGGACUCUCGAGGGCUGGUAAGACUCUUCCUCGUGUUAUUACACUUGGCGGAGAUCACACUAUUACAUUGCCCCUGCUGCGGAGUAUUAAUAAGGCUUAUGGGCCUGUGACCGUUAUUCAUUUUGAUAGUCACUUGGAUUCGUGGAAACCCAAGGUCUUUGGCGGCUCGCCUAGCCAGGUUGCUGCUAUUAACCACGGGACAUACUUCUAUCAUGCUGCUAUGGAGGGACUGUUGAAGAACGACACUAACAUCCAUGCUGGAAUUCGUACCACGCUUUCAGGUCCGUCUGACUAUGAGAAUGAUGGAUAUUGUGGAUUUGAGAUUGUUGAGGCCCGAGAGAUUGAUACAAUUGGGACGGAUGGCAUUAUCAAGAAGAUCCGCGACCGUGUUGGAACAGACAACACCGUCUAUCUUUCAAUUGAUAUUGACACGUUGGAUCCUGCUUUCGCACCGGCCACCGGUACCCCAGAGACUGGCGGAUGGUCCACGCGCGAACUGCGGACUAUCAUUCGUGGCCUGGACGGACUGAACUUUAUUGGUGCGGAUAUUGUCGAGGUGGCUCCGGCGUAUGAUACCAAUGCGGAGUUGUCAACUAUGGCUGCCGCCGAUGUGCUGUACGAGGUGCUUACGAUCAUGGUAAAGAAGGGACCCCUUUCUAUUGGCGAGUCCCAUGAGCAGCUGUGA